AUGCGCGUUGCUCUUUCAAUUGCUCGCCGAUCCGUCAUCAAGCCUCAACAGCCCGGCUUCAUCCACACCAUCAACUGUCAAAGCCGGCAGUUCUCCAAGUCUUCUUCGACGUCGCAAGAUGGCUUCUCAAAGUCGCACUCUCCGGGCAUCAAGAACGACAUCGUCCCGGUCGUCUGCAGUCCGAACAACGUGGCACUCUUCAAGAAGGACCUGCUCCAUCUCUCUCGCCACGAUGCCUGUACUAAACACAGUGACAGAGUCCUUGGGCCGUUGAGCCCAAGCGACAUCGCCAUCCAGAAGAGACUUCGCCAACAAGACAGCAGCCCCAUCGAGGUACUACGCCAGUCCAUUCAGGAGUCCACCAUCUCGCCCCACGUGAUCCGUCUCUGUCUCCGGCAGCACUACGAGAAGGUCGAAAAGUUGCCUCGUAAGACCCGACAUGCACUGCAUGCCGAACAAAAGGCCGAGGGUUUUGCACGUCUGCUCCUCAGCGUCUUGUGGACUGAUGAGAAACUGUGGACAACGCUCGUCAUGAACGAUAUGCAUUCCCUGUUUAUAAUAUGUUACUACGCCAUUCUCGAAUCGCUUGAAGAAUACGUGAUUGAGUGGGCUUUUGUCGCAAUUGCCGAUGAAUCGUCCCCGCUCGCUGGGCCUGGAAAGCACAAUUUCUGGAGGGGAACGCUGCUCCUGAGGCUGAUAAUGGCUUACGAUGCUUUCGACWCUGCAAAUUGCGCCGAUGCUAUGCUCACUUGCAUGCAACGGAUGGUAGACAGGAGCAAGACUGUCAGCAUUGAACAAGCAUCUCUUGUUGCGCUCAACAAGCCCGCUUCCUAUUGCGAGGGUAGUCUCUGGGCCAAGCUUGGCGGCCGCACCGAUGGCCUGUUAUAUGACAAUUUUGUGCAAUUGCGGCUUKAGAUGUUAGCCUCCCCACUGGAAAUGACCUCCGGGAUCUUUACAAAGGCAAAACUACAGCUCUGCCAUCCGCAAGCGCCCACAGAGGCUACUGCGCUCCAGUUCCUACGGGAAUGGGAUGGAUGCAGCUCGAAAACGAACCCGAAACAUUGGGAGAUCCACAACCAUCUAUUACAGCGCACAUUCGACGUCGCGAUGGACAAUGGCAACGUCAACGACGCCGAGUGGAUCAAGAGACGUUUCAGAGAGCGUCUCGACCCUGCGACAGACCGAUUUGUAGCCCCUCUAAAGCGUGAUAUUUUGGCUAGCAGAAUCGCAAAGCGAAAGACAAUCCAGACACAGCGGACCGAAUGGCCAAGAAAGACGGAGAGUCCUCUUAUCAGGCGUGUUGCUGCAUACCGUCCAUCCGAUCAUCCUUCCACCGGCCCUUCCAGGACUCGACGACUGACGACCUGGGCGCAAUUGCCAUGCAACGUCAAUCCCCAAACCCGGCACUUUUCCUCCGCCUCCUCGCGGGCAUUGAGUAAACACUCCCCACCGGCACCUCGUUCCAUCGCAGGAUGA